AUGCAAACCCUUAAAACGGAAUCGAAAGAACUUGAUGAAAUGGAAAAAUGUGAAAAUGAUCCUCUCACAGACUUUCCUGAGGCUGAAGUUGGUAGUGAGCGCGAAUUUUGGUCUAAUAAGGCCGAAUCAUUACUCUCAUUGAUAGGAUAUUGUGUAGGGCUGGGCAAUAUAUGGCGGUUUCCCUACUUCUGCAUGAGGAAUGGUGGAGGAAGUUUCCUGAUUGCUUUUCUGGUCUUCCUUAUAAUAUGUGGACUGCCUAUGUACUUUGUCGAUAUGGCCAUUGGUCAGUUUACUGGCCGAACAGCCCUACAUGCCUGGGAGUUGUGUCCUCUGCUGAAAGGUAUUGGUGCGGGUGUGCUGCUAGUUCUUGUGAUAAUUAGCUCCUACUACACUAUCAUCAUCGCCUGGACUCUGUUUUAUCUGGGUAACAGUUUUCUCAGCCCUCUACCAUGGCGGACAUGUGACAACAAAUGGAAUACCGACAACUGUAUAACAGAAAGGAGCUUGCUGGUGCAGGUCAUUUCAUCAUCAAACGUUACGGAAUAUGGACACCCGACGUCUGGCAUUAAUACUACCGGAAAAGGACUGACCAACAUUUCCGGCUCGGCAGAAAAUUUCGGAAAUCUAUCAGCUACCUCAAUGAAGAGAUUUACUUCUGAAGAGGAAUUUUGGCAACGUGGCCUUCUGGAGAUAUCUUCUGGUUUACACGAGAUAGGAGGAAUUCCUUGGCAUCUGGCAGUUUGUUAUCUAGCUGCGUGGAUCAUUCUCUUUCUUUGUCUUGUGAAGGGUAUACGGUCUUCUGGAAAGGUGGUUUAUGUCACCGCUGUCCUUCCGUAUAUACUCCUUACUGUACUAUUAAUCAGGGCAUUACUUUUACCUGGGGCCAAAGAUGGAAUACUAUUUUAUAUCACCCCACAGUUCCAACGGCUAGGAGAUUUGCAGGUAUGGCUAGAGGCUGCACUGCAAGUGUUCUACUCUCUCUGUCCUGCCUGGGGGCCAAUUAUCACAUUGGCAAGUUAUAACAAAUUCAAUAACAAUUUUUACAGAGAUUCCAUCCUGUUGACAUUUAUAUGUGAAGGAACCAGCAUAUUUGGUGGAUUCGUGGUAUUUGCUGUGAUUGGCUUCAUGGCUGAGAAAACUGGAAUGACGAUACCGGAAGUUGUUACGUCAGGACCAGGACUGGUCUUUAUGGCCUAUCCUGAAGCACUCGCUCAACUUCCGUUGCCAAAUUUAUGGUCUGUUAUAUUCUUCCUGAUGCUACUAAGUAUUGGACUGGAUACACAGUUUUCACACAUGGAGACGAUUGUAACAGCCUUGCUUGAUCAGUUUCCGUCUCUGAGGAGGAAGAGAACAAUUAUACAUGCCUUGGUGUGUUUAAUAUGGUGCAUAUUUGGGCUUGUAUUAUGUUCCCAGGGCGGUAUGUACGUAUUCCAGCUAAUGGACUGGUACAUUGGUCUGUCUAUACCGGUUUUUGGAUUCAUAGAACUGCUCAUUAUUGGCUGGAUAUACGGAACUGAAAGGUUUUCUCUUGACGUCACCAUGAUGAUCGGUUUUGGGAUUCCUGUCAUAAUGAGGAUCGCCAUCAUUUUUGUAGCACCCGCUGCGUUAUUGUUUGUGUUUGUAUUCGCGUUUGGUACAUAUGAAGCCCCAUCCUACGGAGCCUAUAAGUACCCCUCCUACGCCACUGCCGUAGGAAUAGUGAUAGGAGUUGUUCCACUUGUUCCGGUCGUGGUGAUGGCUUGUGUCGCCUAUAGGAACAGUAAAGGGAGUACGUUUUUAGAGAGAAUCGCUGAUGCUUGUAAACCUUCUCAACAGUGGAAACCAGCAUCCAAGAAACAUGCUCAACAUUACACAUACCCCAAACUUCCGGAAUACAACACUUUGUGGAGUAGACUCAAACUGAACAUCCUUGGAGCAAAUUCUAUUGAAAAAUGA